CGCCAGAAAGCAUAAAAGGAAGCGAGAUAACUCGUCCGCAGCCAGAGUGUGAGAAGCACACGCGGGCGAAGCAGGUGAGAGAGAUGCGCGCCCUCCUCAUCGUGUCGGCCCUCGCGGCCCUGGUGGCCGCCUGCGCCGCGCAGCAAGCCGAGCAGUACCGAGGAUGGAAGCUGGUGGUGGCGCUGCCGCAGGACGCGGUCCAGGUGGACGCGGUGAGCGCCGUGGGCGCGUGGCGCGACGUGGACAUGUUCAACCACCACGUGCUGCCCGGGGGCCAGGUCACGCUCAUGAUGCCGCCCGGGCGCCUCGCGGCCGCGCAGCGCGUCUUUGACGACAAGGGCGUCGCCUUCCGGGUCACCAACGACGACGUGCAGGAGUCCGUGAACGCCGAGGCAGCCGCCCAGCAGAGCUCGCUCCUCGCCCGCGCCGCCAGCGCCGUGCCCACCUACGACCGCUACAUGCGGUACGCCGAGAUCCAGCAGUUCCUGCAGCAGACGGCGGACGCCUACCCACACCUGGCGACGCUCGAGCAGGCCGGCAAGAGCUUCGAGGGCCGCGACAUGACGGCGCUGCGCAUCUCCAAGAACGGCGGCACCUCCGCCAGGGCCAUCUUCGUGGACGCGGGCAUCCACGCGCGCGAGUGGAUCGCGCCGCCGGUCGCCAUCUACCUCAUCCAGCAGCUGACGCAGCAGGCCGAGGCCAACGACGCGCUGCUCGACGGGCUCGACUGGUACAUCAUGCCCCUGGUCAACCCGGACGGCUACGAGUACACCCACACCAGGGACCGAUUCUGGCGCAAGAACCGAAGCACGCAGUCGAGUAGGUGGUGCCCGGGUACGGACGUGAACCGAAACUUCGGCUACCACUACAAGCAGGCUGGCACGAGCGACUACCCGUGCGACGAGACCUACGCCGGCCCCAAGGCUUUCUCAGAGCCGGAGGCUCGCAACUUGAGGGACUACAUUCUCAAAUGUCAGGAGAGGGCCAACGGCAACGUCAAGAUGUACCUCACCCUGCACAGCUACGGCCCGAUGAUCCUCUACCCGUGGGGGUACGACUUCAACCUCCCCGACGCACCGGAUAAGGAUGAACUGAUCUCCAUCGCCAACGAGGCCAACAAAGCCAUCAUCCGGGCGGGCUCCGAGCCUUUCGUGGUGCAGAACAGCGCAGGCCUCUACCCGGCGGCCGGCGCGAGUGACGACUGGUCCAAGGGGGUGGCUAACAUCGCCAAGGCCUACACCAUCGAGCUCCAGGGCGGCGGCUCCAACGGCUUCGACCUCCCCGCCAACCGCAUCCUUGGCGUGGUGCAGCAGCUGUUCGAGGGCAUGAGGGUCUUCGCGGCACGCGCCAAGCAGCUCUAGAUACAACGGUUGUCGGUGACAAUCUUCUAUUUUCUUACAACGUUGAGGAAACGGUAAAACUCCAAGCUGUGAGCUGAGAAAUUAACCCGCCGAUUUUGAUUUUGUGUUUCCGCAUGUACCUGAGUAGUUAUCACCAAGUGAUAAAUUUAUAAUAAACCAGUAGUACGUAGUA